AUGACAGCGGCUAUCUCGAUACUGAAUGGCUCCGUUGCAGCAACUGUUGGUUGGGUGUCAGGCCCAGACGGACGAGGGACGUUUUCUCUUGUUGUUUCCUGUCUCCUGACCCUAGGCCUCUGUGUUUGGUCUGCGAUGCACCUGAAUAUUUCUCCUCACAAUGAAUCCCUAACGAAGUCAUGGUUCCGGCAUCUCAAGUGGGGAUUGAUUGGUAUCUUUGCUCCAGAAUUGGUGGUAUUCGCGGCUUGGAGACAGUACAAUUUUGCGAAAGAACUUCAUAAGCGGAUGAACCACCACAUAAGUGAGACGAAAGAGAAGACGAAGAGCUCCACCGAGAGAAGACAUCCAUGGACUACGGUCCACAGCUUUUAUGCCGGUAUGGGGGGAUUUAUCAUUCAGCCAGGCGACCUUUGCAAGGACGAAGGACAGCAAUAUAUUCCUGGCGACCAGUAUCUUACUUUAUCAGCCCGUGGAAUUGCCUUCCUCGCUGGGUGUGGCCAUCUACCCGAUAUACCCGAAGACGAAAUCGUUGAUAAGAGCAAAGCAGAUGGACUUGCCAAAACUCUCGUCUGUCUCCAAGCUGGUUGGAUGGUUGUACAGGUCAUUGCUCGAGCUAUUCUUGGUUUGCCAGUAACGUUAUUGGAAGUCAACACAAUCGCACAUGUCUUCUGUGCGCUUGUCGUCUACAUUCUUUGGUGGCAUAAGCCCAGACUGGUCCAUGAACCAACAGCCAUUUCAGGUGAUUGGAUUAAGCCUCUUUGCGCAUAUAUGUUUAUGAGCAGUCAGAUCAGUGGAUCGAAGCGGAAUCAUGCUGGAGCACUCUGGCAAGCGUGGGUUCAGCCGGAAGCGUCUGCUGUGGGUUUCUUUACCCGUCAAGGAAAGGUUGACAUAUCGAAUACCGGUUUAUUCAACGUUUCUUCGGCGGAUCAGGAGACGAGAUCUCUCCACCCACAAGCUUCACACGAUGCGACUCAAGAUGAAGAUGCAAUUCGCGGUUCGGCCAUCGAGCCCAGUAACAAUACUACGACGUGUUAUUUUGCGCUUCGACCAUCCCGAAAUCUUCCAUCGCAACCUUCCCCACAUGAGGCCUACACACUGGUUGGCGUAGUGGAGAGGGCUCAAACUCCGGCUGCAAUGCAAGCAGAGCGCUGGAAGCUGGCUGCAGAAGCUGUUCGCCUAUACCCAUUCCUGUGCAGUCGCUAUGGAGCAACGAACCAGACCGAACCCCAGUGGACUGAGAUGGUACCCGAAGAAUUGAUUACUCGGUCUGCAAGUAAUUGGCCCGCUGAAGACCUACUGCGAGGAACAGAGGGUCUGAUCAUGGGAAUGACGUUAUGGUGUCUAAGUGUGGCGUACGGAGCAAUACAUAUUGCAGCUUGGAACGACUAUUUUACUUCCGUUGCGGAACAAUGGCUAUGGCACGCAUCCGCUGUUUAUAUAUCAUUCUCGGGUUUACUCUGGCUGUUCAUAAAUCUCAUUGCUCAUGAAUGGAAAGCCGUUGAUGCAUACUGGGACCGAGUUCUGAUGUACGAAGCGCACUGGAUCAGUUAUGCUUCUUUGGGAGUGGUCUGCUCACUUUGUGGGAUUGCAUACAUAUCUGCUCGAACGUACUUAGUUCUUGAGGCGUUUAUCAGUAUAAGAGAGCUACCAUUAGCUGCAUACAAUACUCCGGACUGGAUGACGUUUUUUCCUUCUUUGUAGGCAACAUUGGCCGAUCCUCACUAUUGGUGGGUGUACAUCAUAAUACUUCUUUCACUUUUCGGUCUCACGCUCGUUGAACCGCUCUACUGUAGUAUUAAAUAUCAGCGAAUUUCAUGCAAGAAGACUUUCUGCGCAUGACUCCAGGCUUGUCCUUUCUCGAUGGUACGUUGAGACUGGGAGACGUGUAAACAAUUAUCCCACAUAAUUUAGGUUCCUG